AUGACGAGUAUACGAGGACGUUUUCUCUAUACAAAACAUGGCCUACUAUCAUGGGACAAAUGGUCUCCUGUCGACGGCGAAAUAUUUGCAAAAGACAGUGUACAUUAUCUUACCAUAAGAUCUAAAAAAGAUUCAAAUGAAGACGAUCGAAAUGGCAAAAAUCCCCGAAAGAUUAUUGUAAUUAGCGAUAUAACAGUAGUAAGAUAUAUUCUCAAUGACAAAACUAAAGAUGAACCUAGUUCAAUAUUAGAAAUAAAAUCCAGAGGUAAAAAAUAUCGGCUUGGAUUUGAUAAUGAUACAGAUUGUCACCAAUGGAGAUCUCAUCUCGAGGUAUUGUCUUUUCAACACAUAACAAAUAAAAGCGAUGGAGCAUAUGAAUCAAGUAUGGGUAUAGUAUUAUAUGCGUGUAGUAGAAUAAAAUAUCGGUGUUUGUAUUAUAGUAUAAAUCGUACUGAAUGGAUGCUUGAAUUGAGUCCAAAAGCUUAUAUUCAAGGCAAAUUAAGAUUUGAAUUGUGUUCAGACCUUGAGGCGCUUGCACUUUACACAAAAUUUAAAGGCAAUCUUGAAACUCUGGAAAGACAACGAUUUUAUCAGCCUUCCGUUCGUACAUCUCAAACAGUUUCUUCAACCACAAAUUCAUUACCUUCAUACGGAGAAAAAGUUAGAGUGGGGAGAUCCACGCGAACUAGUGUCAGAGAGCCACCAUCUACAAAUGGUACUAAUUAUUCACAGUCCCAUACAGAUUUAAGGUCGUAUGAUACUAAAGCCGCGCUUAAACAUCCAAGGAGACAGACACAAAGAGAUCACAUAUCACACAGGGCACAUACGCAAUCUUCAUUCGCAGUGCCAAUAUUUUAUCGAUUAGUAUACAAAUCGGCACUCCCCUACGUACUCAUUAUUGAAUGUAAAACAACGAUUAAUGUUGAAUUGAUUAAACAAUGUCAAAAUAACGAACAACUUUAUAUUGAACAAAUAUUGAAUAAGACAAGUGAAAAAGCAUUUAUAUUACAAUCAACAAAUAUUCAGUUUGACGAUGUAAAUGGACAUCGUCCGUACUAUGAAUCUAUUAUGUUGAAUUGA